UGAAACUGUUUAAAGAAAGACAAAACCCAUUCUCGGGGCAUUUAAAUGCAACGACAACCAAAGUCUCUCUUCUCUGUCUCUGUCUCUCUAAAUAAGCUUCAAAGUUCAAAACACCGUCACACGACGACGACGCCAUGGGAGAAGAAGCUGUACAAGUCUCUUCUUCUUUCUCUCAUCCUCUCUUCUCUUGUUUCAUCACUCUCUACAGUCUCUUCCUCAUCUACUUUCCCAAUGAUUCGUUUCGAAUCUUUCUCUCUCCUGUUCUUCUCAUCUCCGGAGCUCUCCUCUUCUCUCUUCUCCGUCUCGGGUCGACCCGAAAAUCCAACACCCGACCCGAUACAAGCAAGGUGAAUCUCGAGGAGAGUGAAGAAUCUCACAAGGUUGUUUCGGUUGGCGGUUCCGACACGAAGCCGGCCGAUUUGAUGGGUGGUUUUAUGGAGUGGAACUUGAGAGCUCCGUUGGAGGUGAUUCACGAAGCUUACGAAGAGAACGAUGAUGAUGAAGAAGAGGAGAACCCGGGUGGGGAAAAAGACCCGACGACCCGGUUUAAGGGAAUCGAGAGAUACCCGUCGUUGUCUCUGUGUUACCCAGAAUCAGAUUCGGAAUCGGAUUCUGGUUCAUCGUCGGAAUUCAAUUUCCCGGAGAUGGGUGAAUGGAACUCGCCGGAAAACAUGGGAUUCAGGUGGGAAGACGAUGGGAUUGGAGGUGAAGGUCUGAUAGAGAUUAAGCUGGACGAGCAUAAUAAUUACAAGAAGAUGCUGAGUAAAUGGAACCAAACAGAGUUGGAUUUUCAUGGAGAAGAAGAAGAUGGUUUGAUCGAGAUCGAUCUUUUUGCUUCUCAUUAAGCAUUUUCGGAUUACAAAGAAAAAAAAAAAAAGAUAAAAGUUUUUUAUAUAAUUAAAGCAACAUUUUAAUGGUCACUUCAUUUUAUAUACUACAA